AUGGUGGGCUGGCCACUAGUACUUCUGGCCACCUUUGCGGCAGCAUCCAGCGCCUCGAGGAAAUGCUGGUUUCCCGGAGAAAAUGUGCAGGAUACGCUCGGAUUCCCUUGUACGUCGGAAGAAGGCAGCGCGUGCUGUGGACAGGAUGCGAUCUGUCUGACCAACGGCCUGUGCUUGAAUUUGCAGCAACCAUAUGUACUAUCGCGCGGGAGCUGCACCGAUAAGUCAUGGACUUCCAACAACUGUCCGAAAUACUGUCAAUCUAUUGCUCCCGACGGUGGAGUCUCUCUUGUUUUAUUAAACUUCACCAACGAAGGGUCAUAUUACUGCUGUAACUCGAUCCUCGCCGGCAGUGACGGCAAUCCAAUCUGCGACAACAAUCAAGCGUCUUUUACUGUUCCGGACGGAGACAUGAUAUGGGGCGCCGCCGAGCUGACGGGCUAUAUGAAGACGUCUGGGAUGAAUGCCGAUGGAAACGACACCAGCGUCAGCAUGAACAAUACAAGUGCGAACACUGCGACCUCUAGUGGAGACUCAUCCAAAGAGAUCGCAAUAGGGGUUGGCGUCGCCGUCCCACUGGGAGUUAUUACUCUCCUUUCUAUUGCAUGGGCUCUGUGGGAGAGAAGAAAGAGAAAGCAGGUCGCAAGUUCUUCGGCAAGCGGACGCCAUUACCAUACUAGUGACGCUCGUCCGAAGCCUGUUUUCGAAUUGCAUGGAUCAGCGCCGGUGGAAUUGGAAGGAAGCGACUCGGCAGUGGGCUCGCACUCGAACUGGACAUGA